AUGUCGGCAGCGGGCAAGCGGCAGCGGCGACUCGACGGCAGCGGAGGGGGCAGCGAGGGUGGAGAGGGCAAAGAAAUAGGAGAGUGGCAGCUAGCUGCGGUGCUGCGGCCGACCGAGGACGGGCGGGGCGUUCCGCUAGCGCUGCGGGCGGUGAAGCUCUCGUCUGCGCGCCAGUGCGGGCCGACGCUGGCGCUCGUCCGCGAGCAUCUGACCAUGCCGAUCUCGCUGCGGCAUCACUUGCUGGUGAAGAAGAGCAAGGUCGCAGGCGCAGUCGAGAUGCUGGUGCUGCUUGGGACGCCCGAAGCGCUGGCGCGUCUGGAUGCGGGCGUGGGAGCGGCGAUAGCGGCAGCGGCGACCGGCGAGGCUGGAGCCGAGUUGGAGGAGCUCGUUGUCGCCGUCACUGGCUCGCUCCAUCCGCCGCUUGUCCGCGAGUCUGGAUGCAGCGAUUGGUGGCCGAUGAUGGCACUGCAGCGCUCAACUUGGUCGAGUCCACCACCCGCCAGCCUCGAUGGGGCUGAGGUGGCGUACCUGACGCAGACCGGGGCGCGGCUGGUGGGUGCGGCAGGUGGUCCGGGUGCGGCGCGAGUCGUCGUUGUCGAUCCGGCAAGCCGAGCCGAGCUCGGGCGGGCACCGACAGACGCUGCUCUCACGCUGAGUGGGCCAUCCCUACCGUCAAUGCUCCGCGGAGACGGCCAUCUGGUGAUGGACGCGCUGGCAAGUGUGGCUGCGCCCGAAGCGCUGGCGCGUCUGGAUGCGGGCGUGGUAGCGGCAGCGGCAGCGGCAAGCGCAAGAGCAGAUGCGUUUGUUGUGGGCGAGCCGUGCUCAAUGUGCGCGAUGGCGCUGCUCCACGCGCGAAUUGCGCGGGUGGUGGUUGUCGGCGACGGCGAGGCGUGUCAAUGCAGCCCGGUGACGGCCGGCGGCUACACGCGCCACUUUGUGCACGCGCAGCGGGCGCUCAACCACAGCUACGCGGUGUACCGGCUCGUCUCUGGGAGCGAGCCUGGGAGCGGCGUGGGUGGGGCUGGUGGAUGA